AAGCAUUUAAAUUAUGUACUAUGGUCAAGCAGUACACAAAAGAGGUGUCCCGUAUACUCAAUAUUUUGUGCCACCACUGUAUAAAGGAAAUACGAAGUACGCAAGUGCGGAAAUCAGCUGUUCAAGGAUGUUUUUAUCAAAAACCAAGCAACGUGAAAUAAAUAUUUGUCACAUUCAGCAAUUUAAUAAAUAAAUGGAAUUGUAAAUCAAAAAUUAAAAUUAAAUAUUCAAUCGUAAUGGAGGCUAUCAAGCAUUUUACAAUGGAAACCUACACCAAUAUGCUCAAUCGGGAGCUCGCCAUCAACGAAUGGGCCCAGGAGCGAUUGAGUUCUGGAGCCUCGCUGUGGGCUUUUAUGAGCGUAUAUCUGGACCCCAGCAACAUCUUUAAUGUAUUCAUUCCGUUGUGCGGCAUCUUUAGCCAGGAGCUACUCAUGCAUCUCCUGACGGCGGUUAGUCUGGUCAGCACCCUCAACUCCUUUGAGAAAUGGAUUUAUCCCGAAAUCCGUCCCUUGUGGUGGCUACGUGAGCGGUUCGCCGAUAAGAAGGUGUCCGUCAAGCCACCGGUGGCCUUGGAGAGUCAUCAACUUAGCUGCGAGACAAGCGGCGGCCUGCCCUGCGCCCAUUCAAUGACAUUCACUGUGUUCGUUCUCAUCCUGGGCUCAUUCUCCUUCGUCCACUUCUGGAAUCGGUUCAGGUCCUGGCGCUCGCCCAUUUGGCGGUUUAUGAUGUAUCCGCUGAUAGUGGGCUCAGUCGUCUGCAUGUGGCUGAGCCGCCUCUACCUGGCCACAGAGUUCUUGCACCAAUGUGUCAUUGGGAGCUACAUUGGCCUAAGGCUCCUUAACACCUUCGAGGGUAACGCCUGCUACUUGUACUCGCGGCCACGUCUCGUUAUGUUGUGUGUGGUGCUCGCCUUAGGAGGACUGGCGGUGGGAGUGUACUUCAUCAAGUUGGAUAUGGAUCUGGACCCACAUUGGUCUGUGCGGCAGGCUUUCAAAUGGUGUCCAGAGCCCACGUAUAUGCGUCACGAGGCAAGCGUCAUUUUCUUGCUUACUCGAGAUUUGGGAAAUCUCAUGGGAUUGGCGUUGGCUUCACCCCUCUCAAAUCUACCAAACAAGAAUUCGUCCUUUUUGCGAAGGUGCAGUGUCCUUGGUGCUUUGGAGAUAAUUAAUUACGGACUGCGUUUGGCCACACCCAAGCAGCAUGGCCGAUUCGCUUUCUUGGCCUUUGAAUUCUCUAGGAACACAUUACAUUCGCUGGUGCUCUUAAAGUACUCAAUGCGGUUUUACUAGACUAAGUUAUUUUUAAUUUAUGUUGUAUAUAAAGUAGACUAGA